CUCUACGCGUACAAUUGAAAUAAUAAAAUGUCGUUGAAAAAUGAAAUGUUUUCUAAAUUUCUAUACAUCGCGACAGUAGUCGCGUUUUAUUGGCUUAUUUCUAUAUUGACCGUAUUCAUAAACAAAGCACUAUUGUCCAGUGACACCAUCAAUUUGGACGCGCCACUUUUCAUAACAUGGUGUCAAUGUGUAAUAUCUGUAUUUAUCUGCAUAAUUCUUAGCAGCCUGUCAAAGUUGUUUCCGAAAUAUGUCAAAUUCCCCGAUGGGAAUCCGUGUAAUAAGUCAACACUUGGAAAGGUACUACCACUGUCCUUCCUGUUCACCGGGAUGAUUGCGACCAACAAUUUGUGUCUGAAAUAUGUCGACGUUGCAUUCUAUUACAUAGGACGUUCGCUGACGACAGUGUUCAACGUUAUUUUUACAUACCUCAUACUUGGUAAGGAUCCUUGUGAUAAGUUCGCACGACCCAGUACAAUUCGUUAUACUUUUACAGGACAAAAGACUUCUACAGGCUGUAUCGCGUGCUGUGCAUUUAUCGUGUUCGGAUUCUGGCUCGGUGUAGAUCAAGAACACGUCGCUGGUUCCCUGUCUGUUUUAGGAACAAUUUUCGGUGUCCUGGGAUCGUUGACGCUCGCCUUGUAUUCUAUUCAUAUGAAACGAGUUCUUCCCGCGCUGAACCAAGACGUGUGGUUACUCUCUUAUUGCAACAACGCGUAUAGCGUCGUCAUAUUCCUUCCGCUAAUGCUGGCCAACGGAGAACACGUCACGUUGUACAAUUACGAGAAAAUCGGAUCCAUGUACUUUUGGCUGGCCAUGACCGUCGGUGGUGUUUGCGGGUUCGCCAUUGGAUACGCUACCGCGCUUCAAAUCAAAGUAACGUCUCCCUUGACCCAUAACAUUAGCGGUACUGCCAAGGCUUGUGCCCAAACAGUUUUGGCGACUCACUGGUUCAACGAAAAUAAAUCUUUUGUCUGGUGGUUAAGCAACGCCGUCGUGCUCGGUGCUAGCGCGAUGUACGCCAGACUGAGGCAGCUACAUCUAAGCAAGGAAUACAGACAGGAAUUGUUGACGAAAGACGAAAAAGUAUAAUUAAACGUAUAUAUAAUUGAAACGUUCGCAUUUGAAAUAAGACACGAGUAUAUUUUCGACAAUCGGUUGUAUAAAAAAAUGGUUAAAAACAUGAAUUAUUUUUACAGAACA